GCCCGCGCGGCCGUGUUGUACUUCUGUCUCUUCGCCAGCCGCUGGAACGCGGCCACGCCGUUGCUGUUGGUGUACGACGUGCACACGGCGGCGCAGGUGCUGGCGGCGCACACGGUGCCCGUGGUGGCGGGCUACGCGGCGCUCGUGGGCUCGUUCUGGCUCGUGAGCAGCGCCGCGGCGCGGGGCGGGGCCGCGGCGCGGGCGCCGCCGGUGGCCGCCGUGUGCGUGCUGGCCGGCGCGUUGCUCGCGGCGCUCGUGGUGGCCGGGAUGGUGGACGUGCCGUUCUUGGCCAUCUCCGUGGCCGCGUCCUCGCUCCUCUUGUUGCUGGCGCUGCACACGCACGUGCCGGCCAAGGCCAGCAUCCUCGUGCUCGCGGGCUUCGCGUACUGCUUGGAAUGCUUCGUGGUGCGCGCGCGCCCGUUUGCGGUGGCGGACGCGGCCGUGUGCGUGGGGCUUCCCUGCUUGACCCGAGUGGACCGCGCGUGGCGGGUGGCGCCCGCCGCCGGUGCUGCUGCUGGUCCUGCCGGGGACUCCUCGGAGAAGCCGCGCGUGUUGGCGGAGAUCUUGGCCCACUCCGACACGCGGGCCAUCUUCAACUUCCUCAUGCUCAACACCGCGUUCAUGUUCGUGCAGCUCGUGUACUCGUUCCGGUCCAAGUCGCUCGGGCUCUUGUCCGACUCGUUGCACAUGGCGCUCGACUGCGCCUCGCUCGCCUUGGGGCUCGUGGCGGGCAUAUGGCUGAAGAACCCGGUCAACGCCAACAGCAAGUACCCCUACGGCCUCAAGAACUUCGAGAACUUGGCCGGCUUCGCCAACGGCACGCUCCUCGUGGGCAUUAGCGGCAGCAUCGUCUUCGAGGCCCUCGGCCGCUUGCUCCACCCGGUGGCGCUCCAGCAGACCACGGAGUUGAUCGUCGUGUCCGUGUUGGGCCUAUUGGUCAACAUCGUGGGGAUCUUUGCCUUCAACCACGGCCACUCCCACUCGCAUGGCGGCCACUCGCACGGCCACUCGCACGGCCACUCACACAGCCACUCACACAGCCACUCGCCCAUCGCUCUCGACACCUCCCCCGGGAACCACGCGGUGUCUCCCGAGACCGCGCAUGCAGAGGACUGCGACGAUCCGGACGAAAUAAACGACAACAUGAGAGGCAUUUUCCUACAUAUCUUGGCAGACACCUUGGGCUCGGUCGGCGUGGUGGUCUCCACGAUCCUCACCAAGAUCUUCCACUGGCAAGGCUUCGACCCCGUGGCCUCCAUCAUCAUCGCCGUGCUCAUAUUCAUGACCGCAAUACCGCUCAUGAAGUCCACUGCGUCCACGCUCUUACUCAGUUUGGACAGUAAGAAAGAAGCCAUUGUUCGGGGCGCCUUGAAUGACCUCACCACCAUAAAAGGAAUAAAGUCCUUCACCACGCCUCGGUUCUGGGUGAAUGACAAGAAAUUGGGCGGCUUUAUUCACAUACAAGUCUACAGAGGCGAAAGCACCGCGCACUUGAAAUUGCAAUGCGAGGGCGUUUUCAAGAACCACGGCAUCGAUGCCCUCAUCCAGAUGGAGAACGACUACGAUUCCUGCUGGUGCCGUUUGUAGUCUCGCGCGAUAUGGUGCGCGCACGCCUCAUCAGGCCGCGU